AGACGUAGUGGUCUUCAAGGUAGCGAUGGAAAAAUAUCCUGUAAUCUUACCCAUGAAUGUGCUUACAGUUGGGUUAAACGUACGAGUACUUCUUAAAUAAUGGUUCAUGCACCGAUUCUAACACCACAUCCCGUACCCAAAGGGUGCUAUGCUAGAUAGUAGAUACUGCAUUGAUUCAUUUUAAAUUGCGGUAGGUAUAUAGUUUUACUUCACCAAAAUUAGCCCAAAUCGUUCCAGUCGUACACUGCCGUUUUUGCCGUGGUUCUUCUUUUCUGUACCGUAUAAUUAUUGGCAACCUCGGAAUCCAACCUCUUACUAAUCGAUCCAGCCGGCGCGGACGAUAACAUAACGUUAUGGAGCGCGUUGGUUGUUGCUCCUAGUCCCGACAGGCAAAGCGUUUGUUGCUGGCUUUCUUCAUUACUCAUGUCACUACUCUGACCGCUUUUUGGUGUUACAGUAUUACCGCUUUUCGGGUGCUUUUAUGGAAUUUGUGAAAGGUCACGAAUGUUCUCCCAUAGUAAACAAAAGCCGUGCUAACUUGAAACUGUAUUACGACGUAUACGGCGAUAACUUUUCUUUAUGGGAAAUAUUUCUAAUUCCAGUGUGAAGUAGUUGUAAACUAGCCUUUAUCUGAUAAAAUCUUCACCUGCAAAUGGCCGGUGGUGGAGUGGCUGAACUGCAGUUUGUUGGAUAUGGUUGCGGUGGUCUGGCUUUGCUGAUCAUCGCUUUAGCUAUUCCGAGUAAGUCCCAGUUUGCUGGUAUGGAUGGAUCCUGUGGUUUGGAUUUAGGCAACAUGCAUUCUGCCGUAUCACGAGUACGCCCUCCUGCAUAUCGUGAACUAUACGCUGCCGCUGAUACUUGUUGUUGCGUCACUCCGCGUGGCCUUCGCAGCACAGGAUGGACUGGCCCUGAGCGUGGACGUCCGCCAGCUAAUGCUGCGCAUGACCUUUGCAAUCGGUCUGAUUGCCGUGUUUUUCUACGAUGCCAGCCUCUGCAAUCAGGUCCUGAACCAGGUUGCAAAAAAGACUGGGGUGAUCUCCGUCCCUCGGAUCAGCAGGUGUCCACGCUGUAUUGGUUGUACACCUUCAUCAACCUGUUCUACGAGGUCAUCCGCUACGGCUUGAUGUUCGGACUGCUGAUCGCGACGACCAUCUGGAUCCUGCGUACCCACAAGGUCGGCCCAGUGGAGGACACUGAUGGUGGUGAAAGCGGACGAAAUACUGCCAUGUACAAGGUUGACAACGAACGUGUGAAGCUGAAUGCUCCCGGAUUGGCGUAGCGCAGAGGAUAACGAUGGUCUAGUACCUUAUCACCGCAGUGGGGAUAGGCAGCCCCAUAGACAUUUUGUAACCCCUUAUUUUUUUUUAAUUCAUUCAUUAUCUUUGUAGAAUCUAGCAAGCUUAUGCGUCUCUUUUAACGGUAUAUAUACUUAAAACUCACCAUAACUAUACCGCUAAUGAUAUCGUCUAUCUUGUAAUAACAUUCGUGCCACCGUGCCAGCAUGGUACACUUAAAAUUGGACGUGUGCGUGUUGAAUAUUUGUACUUAUAUGUCGCUUUUUUAAAAUUUUAUUGUUUUUUCUGUUCUUGCGAAUACUUGCAUGAACACUGUGAAAGCGCUUAAGUUUACGUAUUAUGUUUCCAA